UGACUUCCUCGGCGUGGGUCUGUGCAUGGUGAGAAGAUGAACGGGAAACGGCCGGCAGAUCCCGGCCCAGCGCGGCCAAUGAAGAAGGGAAAGAAGCAGGUAGCGGCAGAAUUUUCGGACGCUGUCACUGAAGAAAUCCUGAGGAAGCAGGUGGCCGAGGCCUGGAGCUGCCGGACGCCGUUCAGUCAUGAAGCAAUUGCCUUGGACAUGGAUCCUUUUCUUCACUGUGUGAUCCCAAACUUCAUCCAAAGCCAAGACUUCCUGGAAGGACUUCAGAAAGAACUCUUGAGCCUGGACUUCCAUGAAAAGUACAAUGAUUUAUAUAAGUUCCAGCAGUCCGAUGAUUUGAAGAAGAGAAAAGAGCCUCAUAUCUCAGCCUUGAGGACACUUAUGUUUGAAGAUUUUCGGGCCUGGCUUUCUAAGGUUUCCGGCAUUGACCUAGAAGCAACCGUUGACAUGUCCUGUGCUAAAUACGAGUUCACUGAUGCUCUGCUCUGCCACGACGACGAGCUGGAGGGGCGCCGGAUCGCCUUCAUUCUGUACCUGGUUCCUUCCUGGGACAGGGACUUGGGGGGCACCCUGGACCUCUAUGACACGGAUGAACACUUGCAGCCAAAGCAGAUUGUGAAGUCUCUUGUCCCUGCCUGGAACAAACUGGUUUUCUUUGAAGUGUCUCCAGUAUCCUUUCACCAGGUGUCUGAAGUCCUGUCUGAAGAAUUAACACGUUUGUCCAUAAGUGGCUGGUUUCACGGUCCUUCGUUAGCCAGGCCUCCCACCUACUUUGAGCCCCCAGUCCCUCGAAGCCCUCACAUCCCACAAGACCAUGAAAUUUUAUACGAGUGGAUCAACCCUGCUUACCUGGAAAUGGAUUAUCAAAUGCAAAUUCAGGAAGAAUUUGAGGAAAGGUCUGAAAUUCUCCUGAAGGAGUUUCUUAAGCCUGAGAAAUUUGCAAAGGUCUGUGAAGCCUUGGAGAAAGGAGAUGUGGAAUGGAAAAGCCAUGGUCCCCCAAACAAAAGGUUUUAUGAGAAAGCGAAGGAAAGUAACCUCCCUGAUGUUCUGAAGGAGUGCAUGGGCCUGUUUCACUCAGAGGCAAUGUUCCUGCUGCUCUCCAACUUCACCGGGCUGAAGCUUCACUUCUUGGCCCCUUCAGAAGAUGAUGAGACCGAGGACAAAGGAGAGGGGGAGACAGCCAGCGCUGCUGGUGGCACUGAAGAAGGGACUAGCCAAAGCCCCCCAGGGCCAGAGGAUAAUCAGGCAGCUGUCGGCAGCCACAGUCAAGAGAAUGGUGAACAGGCAGACCCAGAACCACAGGAAGACGAAGCAAAGAAAGAAUCAAGUGUUCCCAUGUGCCAGGGAGAGCUGAGGCGAUGGAAAACUGGUCACUACACUUUAGUCCACGACAACAGCAAGACGGAGUUUGCCUUGGACCUGUUUCUGUACUGCGGCUGUGAAGGCUGGGAGCCAGAGUAUGGCGGCUUCACCUCCUACAUUGCGAAAGGUGAAGAUGAAGAGCUGCUCAUAGUGAAUCCAGAAAACAAUGCUCUGGCCUUGGUCUACAGAGACAGAGAAACUCUGAGAUUUGUGAAGCACAUUAACCACCGCAGCCUAGAGCAGAGGAACACCUUCCCAAACAGAAGCGGGUUCUGGGACUUCGCAUUCAUGUACUACGAGUAACAAGACUGGGCAGGGCCAGCUAGCAUUCGCUCCACCAGUGCUGGGAACGUGUGGGGGAAGGGAAGCGCGCAUGCUGGGUAACUAAGUGCCCUCCUUACAGGCUGCCCUGUGCUGGUGCACGCCUGUAAUGCCAGCCUCAGGAGGCAGAGGAAGGGGACCUUCAGUUCCAAGGUCAGUGUGGCUUAGACAGUGCUACUGUCUCCCCAAACAUACAAAUCUUGGUCAUCCUCUCAUAAAAGUCAUGAUUGUCCUCAAACUAGACAUCAUGCUGGAGCUAUGAACUUUUCCCUUGGUUUUUAAAAACUGGUUUACCCCAUUUGAAUUCUUUUGGUUCUAUAGUAACUGCCUUGGCAACUUUCUAACUUUGGUGAUUUUUUUUUUUAAUUUAUGGUUAAAUACACACACACACCCAUACACAAUUUAGCAGGAUAACACUUGUUUUUGGUUUGAGGCGGGGGGGUUUGUUUUGUUCUUUUGACAGGGUUUUACUAUGUAGCCCAGGCUAGCUCUGAAAUACUGAUCCUUCCACCUCAACUCCUAAGUGCUGGGAUUGCAGGCCUGAGCCGCCACCCCCACAAUUCCUGCACGUAUAGUCCGUGGGGUUGAGCACACUGAAGUGCAAAGCACCCAUCACUGCCGUAUCCGGGUGUUUUCCGUCUUCCCAAAGGGAAAUGCUGCUUGGUCCCUUCUCUGUCGACUUUUUGCCUCACCAGUGAUCCAUACAGUGUGGAUCACUUCCUAAUUAGCUUGUUUCACUUAGCACAGCGCCCUCAGGGUCCAUCAGUGUUUCCAGUGUUUUUCUUUCUCACUCCUUCCUAAGUAGUGGUAGAAACCUUGUGUAACCCUCUUCGUGCUGAACCUGAGAGCUGUGACACAGUCUGAGUCAUGACUUGCACUGUGGGCUGAGCUCCACCCUGACUCCCAGGACAGGGUGCACUCCCAUAGCUAGCGCUGCUCCCUUGGAAAGAUCUGGCUGGAAGCUAACACAGCCCCAGGAAUCCUGUGGCUGUUUACUGCCCUGUUUUCCCCCUCAUCUACUGCCUUUAAACCUGGAACCAUGACUUCUCUGAGUCUAGCCUCCCAGUUACUGUGUGUUCCUAAAUGCUGGAGGACCGGGUGUGAAAGGAGUUGCCUUUUCCUUCCUUUUGAAAGACCCCAUGUUAAAGGCAGUGCCAGGAGGAUAAGAAGUCCUCCUUUUGCUUCUGUCCUUUUCCAUGAACUGCUCCAUGGGACUAUGGCAUAGCUCUUCCCAUUUUGUGGGGGUGUGCUUGGUGGCUGAAAGAUGUCCUCACCACCCCACACCACAUUCCUUUGCUGCUUUCUCGUUUUCUGACUAUCCUUGUGGCUUUCAGUAUGGACUUUACCUAUUAGUAGGAAAAGCGCUGGACCUUUAAAGUGGCUUCUUCACACUUCUCUUUGACGUCCUAAAAGUCCAUCCAAAUGCAUUGUCUUUUAGAUUGAUGGCUUUCAAUUUAUUUACCCCAGUCAGUUAAACACAUUUAACAUUCAUACCCUAAUGGAUACUUAGAAGUUUAUAUGUUCUGGGUUUAAUCAUAAAACAAAGUCAUUCUUAAAUAAUGACACGAGAAUACCCAGGCCUAAACUGAGGGGGUAUACUUUAAUCCCAUGCUUUUGGAAGGUAAAGGCAAGAAGAUCAAGAGUUCAAGACUAUCCUCAGCCACACAGCAAGUUCAAGACCAACCUGGGUAACAAUACACCUUGUCUCAAAAACAAGUAUCAAGCCAGGAGUGGGAGGUACACAUCUUAUCCCAGCACUCAGGAGGCAGAGGCAGGCAGAUCUGUGGAUUCAGGCCAGCCUGGUCUACAAAGAGAUUUGAGGAUAGCCAGAGCUACAUAGUGAGACCCUGAUUCAGGAAUCAAAAACAAAGGAAGACUAUGCAGACCUGGCUUUAGAGUUGACUUCCCAUGCCAGGCAGCCAUGGCUGUGGCCCACGCAUCCUGUUUGAGACGUCACCGCACUUUAAAACAGAGUAGCGCUCACACAGGACUGCACACGCUUUGUUGCUAAUGCUCCAUUUUGAAGUUUGCCUUUUCUGAACUGCUGCAGGCUAAAGGCAGACCCCGCUCUCCCCCAGUUGAAGUGCCUGAUUGGAAAGACCUCUGAAGGGGCCUUUCUGUGUCUGCAGAGCCCCUGGCCUGCAAGUGACGGAACCUGCAGGCUGCUUUUCUGCUCUAAGGAGCAGCUGCUCCUUUAAGUUGCCGUGAGCCACAUUGUCGUGUCUGUGAGAUGACUGGCGUGUGUGACCGUGUGUGUGGGCCCGUUAAGUCUCCAGUGGAGCUGAAAGGUUCCUGUUCCAGAACGGGCCACUGUGCUGCCACCGGUAAGAGCGCAGCCCAGGCCACCUGUGCUGCCACCGGUAAGGGCGCAGCCCAGGCAGUUGUGCACACAGCUGUGGCCAGCAGGCCACCCUCAUGCGCUCGCUCACGUUACCUGCUCAGAGUGCACUGCUGUUACGGCGGUAACUCCCAUGUGCUUCGGGCAGGUCCUUCAGAGAGGACUCAGGGAAAGGCAUGGCUCUGGGGUUGGCACUUCUGUGCCUGUUACUACCCAUGCAGACCACAGUAGACAAACCACACAGGUAGAAGGCAGUGAUGAUGACGACAAUCAUAGGUGUGUGUGUGUGUGUGUGUGUGUGUGUGUGUGUGUGUGUGUGUGUGCUCGUGCAUGUGUGCGUGCGUGCGUGCGUGCAUCAGAAAGGUUUAAAAAGAAAAUAAAGGAAAUAUUUUUGUAGCUAUACAAUGUAAAGUUAUAAGUUAAAGUCCUAAAAAUUAAAGUGUAAAGUAAGUUCUACUGUGUGAGUUAAGGCUGUUGAAUAGAGUAUUUUUAACAUUUAACAUGUCGUCCAUGUUGGAAGGCAGACAGCUUCCGAUUGUCUCUCCAAGUGCACUGUCGGGUUUGCACAGUGGCCAUGCCUCCGCUUGCAAUUACUUGAUCCUGAUUGGUUGCUGCUUUGGGCCUGGGGCAAGAGAGUCGAAUGUAGGCUCUCAAUGUCUUUUCUUGGUAAAAGCUAUGCUAAUUUCUGUGUGACCAAUAGCAUGUCUCUCAAUAAUGAGCCUCUAAUUCUUGUUUUCUUAUUUAUUGGUGUUUUUGAGAAGGGUCUCUGUAGGCCCUAGCUCUCCAACUGCUAAGAUUACAGAGUACCACUGUGUCUAGCUGUGAACUUCCAGUUCUUAUAACUCUUUUUCCUAAAGGUGAUAUUCCCUCCAAAGACAACAGCUUUAUAUCUCUUCAGACUAUAGAUAAUGCAUGUUCAUUGUUGAGAAAUUAAAAGUGUGGAAAAACACAAAGGUCAAUUGAAAUCCACCAUCCUGUGACAGUCGUGUGUUGCUGUAACCGUGUCAACGUGGCCACCCUACACUGUAUUAGGAAACACGGCUCCUCUUCGUUCUCUCUUCCCUGUCUUCUGUCCGGCAAAUAAAUACAAGGUUACAGGGCAGUUUGUCAGACAGGGCUCAGAGGGAGACACUAAUGGCCACCACUGCAUACAAGAAUGAGAAUGGUCCCUCAGGGGGUCCUUAAGCGAGUGUCUUUCAGGUUUCUUAGGGAUGAAAAUGAGCAGCCAGAGAUGCUCUUGGAGAUCUGUGUCCCACUAAUGCUGCCCGACUGGUACCCUCCUUUACAUUUGUGUUUCCUUAAUAUAAAUGUUUACACAUAUAUUUGAGUGAUUAAGAAAAUGGAUCUAUAUUUCCGGUUUUCCUCACAAAAUAAAGAUGUUUGUGCAUUUC